AUGAGUCAAGCAGGUGCAACGGUGGUCGAAGACGGCGGAGGAGUAGGCGGCGUGAAAUUCUCGGUGGGGAGUGCAUACGCGGUCACACUGACCACCGGAAUCGAGUUUAAGGGGAUCGUCUUGGCUUAUGAUUCCAACAUCGUCAUGUUCCAUAUCCUUUCGUUAUUACUCCGAAGCUCGUAG